UGUUUGACGAAGACGGCUUUCGGUGUUUAUGCUUCUUUCUUGGUUUAUAAUUUGCUACGACAAGGGAAAAGGAGGGAGUUUUGUGUGUAUGUCUGGAGAGGUGUUUUGAUCUCACUUGCUUUGCUUGUUCUGUUUACUUUUCUUCUUUUAUUUUUGGUUACUCUUUUCCAAGUCUAUAUGUGCGUGUAUAAUUGUACAUACAUGCUUUCUUCUUCUUUCUCUUCUUCUACUUCCUUCAAAUUGGUGGAUAUUUUGCCUUUGCGUCUUCUUAAUUUUCUUAUUCGUGUUUUUAUGUCACUUAUGAUACCACGUCAGUUGGUUGGUUGUUUGGUUGUUGCUUCUUCUUCUUCUCCUUCUUUUUUUACUGCUACUUCUACUGUGGGCUUGGGGUUCUUCGUCUAUCCAUAUGUCUACGGCGUGUAG